ACGAAGAUAGAAAGCUUGGACCACACCGCGUCCUGGAUGCUGCCGCGACGUCUCGAUGGCGUAGUUUGAGGCAAGCCAUCCACCAGAGCUGUUCACAAGCCGACAGUGGACGAGGCCGUCGAAUUGAACUAAUCGCGUAUACUCCGUUCGACCGUCAAAUUUGAAGCCCAUCGCCUUGAGAUCCCGCAAGCCUCAACCACCAAGCCAGCGAGCGCAAUUGCUCUAAUCAGUGGCUGCCUCCGACCACUCCGUGAGCGUUGGACACGUCUGGUGCUCGAAACAUGUCCCUCUUCGGCGAUUUUGCAGACGACCCGCCGUCUACACACAGAGCCAACGCCAGCAAGUCGUCGCUGUUUGACGAUGAGCGGCCAGGAGGCAACCGAAACAGCACGAGCCUGUUCGCGGAAGAGGAUUCGCCCUGGGGCAUGCCGGCGCCCAAGAGGGGGGGUCGGGCGCAGGUGGUGAAGAGUCUGUUGGCGGACGCAAACAUCCCAGACGGCUACGUCGACAUCUUCGAUCACGUGUUGGCAGAAGGCCACGGGAAGGGAGCUGGCGUUAGCUUGGAAGGCGUGAGGAAGGUGCUUGCGGCAGGUGCGCUGGACAACAACGCCGCGGAAAGAAUCAUGGCCGUGGUCUUGCCGGCUGGCGAAGCAAGUGCGAGCGAGAACGGAAUAGGACGGUCCGAGUUCAACGUCUUGCUCGCCCUCAUCGCCUUGGCCCAGGAGGGCGACGACAUCGGUCUCGACGCCGUGGAUUACCGGAGGAGAAACCUGCCAAUCCCAACCCUCAAAUUGACCAUGUUCUCGUCCAAGUCGGAACUCGACCCUGCUCCCUCCGAUGACGUGACGUCGAAAAAGACUCCUGCAAAGUCGCAGUCAGUCGCCGGGUCACCAGAGACAACGCCGUCCAGGAAGAAGGCACGUCAACCCUCAUUUGGCUACGAGUCUGAUCCCUGGGGCAGUCCCGAUCUGCACAGAGGUCACAACCACGCCGCGACGAACGGCGUGCCUUCGCAUAUCAACGGCAGCGUACCCCACCGAACGACGAGCGCGUUCACCACCACCUCAAGUGCCCAAGAGUCAACAGCGGGGGGCAUACCAGCAACUCCAGCUAGCACGGCAGGUGACAGCGGCUGGGGAGGUUACACAGGUUCGGCUUCGGACUCAUUUGCAAACUCAAGCAUGGGUGGCGGGUUUGGCGCGUCCGCGGGCGGAGACGGAAACAGCGGUCCAAACAGGAAUGAUCCCACAGGUCUUGGUCAGCCACUUCCCAUCCCCCGCGCUGGUAACGGUGUCGAGGAGGUGAUAACCGUUACUGCUCUCCCGGAGAAGGAGGGCAUGUUCAUGUUUCAGCACCGCAAUUACGAGGUGGCGUCUGCGCGUCGCGCGAGUAAAGUCAUCCGCCGCUAUAGUGACUUCGUCUGGCUUCUUGACUGUCUUCACAAGAGGUAUCCUUUUAGGCAACUGCCUCUCCUUCCCCCGAAACGAGUCGCCAUCAAUGGGAAUUAUCUCGCGACGGAUGCAUCCUUUGUUGAGAGGAGAAGAAGAGGGCUGGCACGGUUUGCCAACGCACUUGUGCGUCACCCGGUGCUUAGUCAGGAGCAGCUAGUGACCAUGUUCCUGACUGUACCGACAGAGCUGGCUGUGUGGCGGAAGCAGGCUACAAUCAGUGUCACCGAAGAGUUUGCGGGGAAGGAGCUGCCGCCCGGGCUCGAGGAUAGUCUUCCUGCAAAUCUAGAGGAGCUAUUCCAGAAUGUGCGCAGCGGUGUUAGAAGGAGCGCAGAGAUCUACAUCAAUCUGUGUAACCAAAUGGAGCGGUUGAUUAAACGCAAUGAAGGCAUUGCAGCCGAAUACGCACGUAUCAGCGCUGGCCUCAACGCACUUACGGACGCGAGCAAAUACACGUACGGCCUCGAUACGAACGAUGUUCCUCUUCUGAAUGAGGGUCUAAAGUCCACUGCUAAGCAUCUCAGCGCGUCGCAAUCGUUGCUCGAGGAUGAAGCUAGGGCAUGGGACGAGGGCGUUCUAGAGGAUCUCAAGAAGCAAAGAGAUUGCCUCGUGUGCAUGCGAGACGUGUUUGACAGGCGUGAUAGAUAUGAUCGUGAUAACAUUCCGCAGCUUGAGAAGCGCAUAAAGAAUAAUGAGGAUAAAUUAAUCGUAUUAAGAAACAGGCCAGAGGGUGUAGGAAAGCCGGGCGAUAUCGAGAAGGUCGAGGAUGCAAUACUGAAGGACAAACAAUCCAUUGUUGCUCAGCAUGCGAGACAUAUCUUUGUCAAGCAAUGCAUCCGUGACGAACUGCGCUAUUUCCAGGGCAGCCAGUAUGCCAUUUCACGGCUUCAUCAAGACUGGGCGCAAGAGCGUGUCAAGUAUGCAGAGUUGCAGGCCGACAAUUGGCGAGCUUUAGCAGAAGAAGUUGAGGGCAUGCCGCUAGCUAGUUCGUGAGCAAGGCAUCCUGAACUAUGGCCGUGACAAAGUGGGAACGGAGAUGAUUGGUGAUCGAGACAGACGGAACUUGUAUAUAAGCCUAUGCGAGACAAGCGAAAGCAGGCUUGGGACGGCUGCUUGCUCGGGAUUAACUGUUUUUUUCGUGGGGUCUGAUAUAUACCACAUAUGCUGUUGCUUGCAUGGCGUUGCUGGCGCGUUGAGCAUGAAUUUAUACACAUUGCUUUCGUAUUGUCUAU